GAUUUUAGAAGCAUUUCAAUCGGUAAUUUCAGAUUCUUUAGUCGUAAUAAUAAAAUUUAAACAUAUUUUCUUAAACUAACCUCACUUUUAGGCCCUGAAAAAUGGCGGGAAAUAUUACACACAAAAAAGAUGGCGUCUUACGUGACGUCACAGACAUGGCGAUGGGCGGGGUAUCUGCGAUGUUUGCGACGCUGUUCACUAGUCUAUUCCGUGGUGUUUAUCCUCAAAUCCCGCGCGGUGCGGUGGGUAGCAGUUCUCAGAUCGUGAGCUUCGCGUACGCUAAACAGUGGUUACGUGAUCACGACGUUUGCGCCAGCUCACCACUGCUGCUGUCAUUUUUUGGCGCAAAUCUCGGCGGGGUCGUGAUGACCUUUUGUUUGAACCCAUUCGACGUGAUGGCCACCAGGCUUUCCAAUCAACCUGUAGACAGUAACAAUAAAGGUACACUAUACCGUGGCAUGUCAGACUGUUUUCUCAAGAUGUUGAGAUCAGAAGGCGCAGGGGCCUUCUACAAGGGAGUUGGUGCCAACUACCUGCGUUUGGGCCCUCACACUGUGUUACUGUUGGUGUGUUGGGACCAACUUAAAAUAUUAGAGGAAUUUCUAAAAAGUUGACAAACAUUUUUAAAAAUAUAAUGUAUGUUAAGUUUUUUAGAAAACUGACGAAAUUGUUUCUUGUGUUGAAGAUUAUUUUUAAACGUUGUAACACGCAUAAACAAGAUGUAAAAGUCCUUAAAAGGUGGUGGUGUACACAUAUAUUUACAAUUUUGUUGAAUAAUAUAAUAAUAUUUUUUUUAUAUUGACAAA